AUCAAUUACCUAUUAACACACCCCUUUAAUCUAUUUGUCAUUAAAAAAAACUACUGGAUUUUAAAUAUUCUCCUCCCCGAAUAUAAACACGAAGGACAGUCCAUAAUGGAGCAGAGAGUUGUCCCUGGCUGGACUCUGACCGCUCCUCGGAAAGACACGUACUACCGGAUUGACGGUAUUCAUCGAAGCGAUUAUCCACCUAUAUGUCAGCCACAAGGUAGAAGUGCUUGGAAUAUGUGGCACUUACUCUCUAGACCCCCACGAAGAACUCCAGAGCUCCCUGAAUCAGGCAACGAUGGCGGAAGACGACGCGAUAAGGCUUUGAUUAUAGCCGAUCGUAUAGCGCCCCAAACCCUACCGACAAUUUCAACCAUCGAAAGUCUACCAAAUGAAAUUGUGGGGUUGAUUUUGGAUCAUCCAUCCAUUCUUACACGUCAGGAUAUCAUCAAUUUCGGGCUCUCAUCACCUACACUAUGGCCUCGCAUUCUUUCGCACUUACAAAUGGACUGCAUACGGGCAUCGGGUAGUCUGAUCGGAGUCGAAAUGGCAUUACUUUGCGAUAAACGAAACGAUCUCCCAGCAUCAUUUAAAAAAGAUAACUAUUCGUUGAUCGAUAAAAUCUUGAGGAGACGAUCUUCUCGCUGGGGUCCGAGGACCUGGGCUGCGGGCGGAGGAAUAAACUCGUCAUAUAUGUCUUUCACUGACUAUACCAAAGGGGAAACCACUCCUGAUUUGUGGAUGGGAAUUUUGAAAGAGAGCAUGGAGACUUCUUUCCACCCUCGCAUAAGACUCAUAUUAGCCAAUGAGUUGCGAUGGACCUGCAAUAUUGCGCCUUUUGGUGCUGUAAUGCCAGAUUCCAGAAUCUGGACGCUGCGAAACCUGUCAACUAUGGAGUAUGUACGCUGUUUUCGCUGUGAAAAUGGCGGCAGGGUAAUGGGAAACCAGAUAUCCACCGAAUUGGCGAUAGAAGAUGUCCUCCUCUGGUACAUCCAGUGUUCAAGCGGUUUAACUGGCUACUAUGGUCAAGAAUACUCUAUUAGCACGGCAAAGGCUGGCAGCUGGGCGGGACAUUGUUUUGAUAUUAUUCUAUUGGAUGAAAUGGAUAACGAUACUCGUUAUCGAAAAAAUGAGAAUGGAAUGGACUGGAAGGAUGUCACAAAUGAUGUGUGUCUUGAUAUGAAGGAUGUGCCUACUGUUAUCAAUAGAUAUAGGGCUCGGGUUAUGGAAUAUCGAGAGCCGUGGUAUGCAUUAAAACAGGAUAUGGAAUCAUUCAGUAGGAACAUGAAUUCUUAGAGGAUGGAGCUAUCACAAUGCACCUUACUUCAAUCUAUGCUUUUGGUCGGC